CGAUUAGUGACUUGUGGCUUGUCCAUAUUGGUGAAUCGUUGGUAACAAGAAGACAAAAUACGCAGCUACUUGAUGACUGAGACUUGUUUAAAAUGGGACGCCAUUGCUUUAUGGUCUUCGUUAUUGCAUUGAUCGUCUGCGGGCAAACAUUUGAUGCUGCGCUAAUCCUUGAAGGUCGGUACAGGUUUUGUUUUUUUUUCAAUUUUUUCUUCUGAUAGUGACAUAUUAUAAUUUUAAACUAUUCGUUUCAACAAAAAUGACUCAACCUAUUUUGAAUGUUGAAGUUUUUUUUUUUGUUUUGUUUUGUUCUUUAUCGAAUAUUUUAAAAGAAUCCGUGUACCUUAAACAAAAAUAUAGUUUAGUAAAAAAAAAUACUGAACCUUGAAAAUUAAUUUAUCCUCAUUUAAUAUAGAAUAAUGUCAGACAAAAAGGUAUUCUCAAAAAAAAAAAAUGUCCAUUGUUAUAAUAUUAUAUUAUUUGACAUUGGUACAUUAGUUCUUAUGUCAUAUCUAUUCUGGACACAAUGAUUGGAUACAAUAAUCUCGCUUGGAUAAAAAUUGUAUAUAUUUUUAAAAAAAUAUAUAUUUUAUAGAAAUACUAAAUUUUCAUGUUUGUUGAAGUUUUUUUUUUUUUUAUUAUUCUGAAUUUCCGAAAUUACUCGUAUUUAACGAAAAAUAAGACAUACAACUUAAGGUAACCCAGUCAAUUGUUUAUUUUGUAUUACUAUCUGUUAUAAAUAUUUGUGCAAAAAUAAUUGGCACUAUUUAAUGGAUUUAUUAUUUGGAAUUAUUAUUCUGAAUAUUUGUUUGCAUUAUUAUUUUGCCUUGCUAUUUGUUAUUAUUAUUUUGCAUUAUUAUUUUGCAUUAUUAUUUUGCAUUAUUUUUUGGCAUUAUUAGUUUGCAUUAUUAUUUGGUAUUAUUAUUUGUAAUAUUAUUUUGCAUCAUUAUUUGGCAUUAUUAUUUUGAAUUAUUAUUUGACAUUAUUAUUUGGAAUCAUUAUUUUGCAUUAUUAUUUGGCAUGAUUAUUAGGCAUUAUUAUUUUGCACUAAUAUUUGGCAUUAUUUUUUUGCAUUUUUAUUUUGCAUUAUUUUGUUAAAUUAUUAUUUUGCAUUAUUAUUUUGCAUCAUUAUUUGUCAUCAUUACUUGGAAUUAUUAUUUGACAUUAUUAUUUUUUCAUUAUCAUUUUGCAUUAUUAUUUUGCAUAAUUAUUUGGCAUCAUUAUUUGGAAUUAUUAUUUGACAUUAUUUUUUCAUUAUUUUUCAUUAUUAUUUGGCAUUAUUAUUUGGCAUUAUUAUUUGGCAUCAUUAUUUGGAAAUAUCAUUUGGCAUCAUUAUUUGGCAUUAUUGUUUGGAAUGAGUGAUCUUGACUUUAUUAUUUGUUUUAUGAUUCUGUUGCAGCUAUCCAGCCGCACGUCUGUGAGCAUCCGGUCUGUGCUGACCCGCCACAUGGAUGUGUCGCCUACGUUGUUAAGGAUAAAAAGGACUGUCCACUUCGGUGCACCUACUCCUGCGGUGCACCGUGGUGCGCCGUGAGGACCUGUCUCGAGCCGUGCCCUGGGGGGUAUUACAAAGACAAGACGGGGUGCCACUCUUGCAACUGCAAACCUUACUGUGAGGAUAAGCUCUGUCUGGGUGACUGCCCCUCGGGCUACGAAAAAGACCGCCAGGGCUGCAGCACGUGUAUUUGUGUGCCUAGUCCUGCGUCAUCACCUGCACCGGCGACCACAGUAAAACAUCCCCAGCAGGUGCAUGUGGUGUUGUCACAGACCGAUGGCGAAAACGGCUCUUUAACUGGCCAACACUCCACAAUGACUCCGACGCCAGUUUGUGUUUUAGAUAAGAGCUCUAACAAUCAGCCUAACAUGUAGGACCAAGAACUUAUAGUGUUUUUUAUAUUUUAGGCAAGAGCUCUAACAGUCAGCCUAACAUGUAGGACCAAGAACGUAUAGCAUUUAUUAUAUUUUAGAUAAGAGCUCUAACAGUCAGCCUAACAUGUAGGACCAAGAACUUAUAGUGUUUGUUAUAUUUUAGGUAAGAGCUCUAACAAUCAGCCUAACAUGUAGGACCAAGAACUCACAGUGUUUGUUAUAUUUUAGGUAAGAGCUUUAACAAUCAGCCUAACAUGCAGGACCAAGAACGUAUAGUGUUUGACUGUAGGUCUUGAACUACUCCUUGUGUGACAUGAGGAGAGAUGCAGCCAAUAAAACGAACCUAUAUUGCAAGAAAUUUUGUGGCUGCCAAUUCUUUCAUUAGUAAAAAUCAGCCAAUGUGCUUACUUUAAGAUGUUUUUUCUUUAUUAUUUAGGUCAUCCUAUGUGCGUACAUUUUUUUUUCAUUAGUUAAGUCAUCCUUUGUGCGUACAAUUAAUUUUUUCUUCCGUAGUUAGGUCAUCCAAUGUACGUACAUUAAUUUUUUUUUCCAUUAGUUAAGUCAGCCUUUGUGCGUACAAUUAAUUUUUUCUUCCGUAGUUAGGUCAUCCUAUGUGCGUACAUUUAUUUUUUUUCCAUUAGUUAAGUCAGCCUUUGUGCGUACAAUUAGUUUUUUUCUUCCGUGGUUAGGUCAUCCAAUGUGCGUACAUUUACUUUUUUUUGUCAUUAGUUAAGUCAGCUUAUGUGCGUACAUUUAGUGAGGUCAGCCUAUGUACGUUAAUUUAGAUAGGUCACUCUAUUUGCUUACAUUUAGUUAGGUCAUCCUAUUUACGUACAUUUAUUUAGGUCGUCCUAAGUGGAUGCAUUUAGUUAGGUCAAUCUAUUUGCAUAUAUUUAGUUAGGUCAUCCUAUGUGCGUAAAUUUUGUUAAGAAGUUCUACAGGAAUGUUUCCUACUCGAUGGUGAAAUCAUUUUUGGAAGUCUAUGCAUCGUUGCAUACAGACAUGUCAUUUGUUCAUGCUAUUCCUUGACAAUACACAAAGACCUUUGUCACAAAAAUCUACCACCAUCCAGUUUCCUGUAGUGUUUCAAAGUCUCGCUCAUGUAAAGUUUUUUUUAAUAUUUUUAAAUUAUUAGAGAAGGGUACUCUUGGUGUGUUGCUUGCACUUGUGACGUGCCAUGACAACUACCAGGGGAGACUAUUUAAACGUCACCUCUUCAAAAUGUGAGAUAAUAUUUGAUAGGACAAGGACACCACUGUGUUUUUCUUCUUGUUAUACAAAAUGUAAUUGUUAUGCUCCCUUGUCGUCGCUUGAGUCGCUCUGUUUCGUGUUAUCAAUAAUUGUUGGUCCUCAUGAAUCUUUAAUUAAGUUUAAUGCCACUCACCUCGGG